CGGCGCCGGCUUCAGCGGCAGCGACGGCGGCAGAGGAGGAGGCCCGGGCCGGGCGGGCAGAUCAGAGCGGCAAGGCAGGCGGGCCCAGCGCAGCCCAGAGCGGUGGAGCCAUGGAGCCCAUCUCGGACUCACUCGAUGAUGUCGCUGUCUGUUCGGCCCCAACGUCGCAUUCUCAGCGCCAGGAUCAGUAGGAGCCAGUCCUUCGCAGGGGUCUUGAGUGGCCAAGACCGGGGGGGCAGGAGCCUAACAGCCUUCAGCCCCCCUGUGGCUCCCCGAAAAACACCUGCCAUCGUCCGAGUCUCCAGAAUGUUUUCCAUGGCACACCCACCUCCAAAGGUGCCUCAGCCAGAGCGGCUGGACCAGGUGUAUGAAGCCCUGAAGAGGGGUCUAACGGCCUAUCUGGAGGUGCAUCAGUUAGAACAGGAGAAACUCCAAGUUCAAAUCAGAGAAUCCAAGAGAAACUCUAGGCUGGGCUUUCUCUAUGAGUUGGACAAGCAAGUGAAAUCUAUCGAGCGUUUCCUCCGGCGCCUAGAGUUCCAUGUCAGCAAGAUUGAUGAGCUGUAUGACGGAUAUUGCAUCCAGCGGCGGUUACGGGAUGGAGCACACAACAUGGUUCGGGCUUAUACUUCAGGGACUCCUGGGAGUCGGGAGGCCAGGGACAGCCUGGCUGAGGCUACUCGUGGGCACCGGGAAUACACAGAGAGCAUGUGUUUGCUGGAAAGUGAACUUGAAGGACAAUUAGGUGAAUUCCACCUCAAAAUGAAAGGGCUAGCUGGUUUUGCCCGGCUGUGUGUUGGGGACCAAUACGAGAUCUAUAUGAAAUAUGGGCGUCAGCGCUGGAAGCUACGUGGACGAAUCGAAAGCAGUGGGAAGCAAGUCUGGGACAGCGAGGACAUGGUCUUCCUGCCACUGCUCACAGAGUUCCUCUCCAUCAAGGUCACAGAACUAAAGAGCUUGGCGAACCAUGUGGUUGUGGGCAGUGUCUCUUGUGAGACCAAAGACCUGUUUGCUGCUCUGCCUCAGGUUGUCGCUGUGGAUAUCAAUGACCUGGGCACUAUCAAACUCAGCCUUGAGGUCACUUGGAGUCCCUUCGACAAGGAUGACCAACCUUCAGCGGCGUCCACGGUCACCAAGACCUCUACUGUCAGCAAACGCUUUUCCACCUAUAGCCAGAGUCCUCCAGAUACCCCUUCACUGCGGGAACAGGCUUUCUAUAACAUGCUCCGUCGUCAGGAGGAGCUAGAGAACGGAACGGCUUGGUCUCUGUCCUCAGAAUCUUCAGAUGACUCCUCCAGCCCCCAGCUGUCAGGGGCUGCCCGCCUCACCCCACCCUCUCGGCCCCUGGUGCAACAACCCGAGGCUCCCCCGAUCCACAUUGCCUUCUCUCGACCAGAGAUUCCCCAUCCCUCAGGGGAGGCCCUGGAGGAGGAGGGGGCCAAAGCCCCAGUCUUGGCCAAUGGGCACAUCCCCUAUAGCCGAACUCUGAGCCAUAUCAGUGAGGCCAGUGUAGAUGCUGUGCUUGAGGCUACCAAUGAAUCUGUGGCCUCAGAGAGCCGUGCCCAGGGCCUCACCUCCUCUGUACACCUAGACUCUACUGACACUACCCCACUCCCUGUUCUAGAGGCACAUCCAGACCCCUUCAACCCAAGCCCCACCCUCUCUUGUUUAGACCAGACCACUUUGCAUGAAGGCCUUACCCCCUCACCCUCAGAACCAGUCACUUUAAAUCUGAAGUCCUUUCCCUCACAUCCAAGACCGUCUGAGUCUGAUAUUACCCAACUAGGCCCCCUCCCCCCCACCUCAGAUCCCAUAUCCUCUUGCCCAGACUCCAUCGCCUCCCAUCCAGCGCCUGAAACCUUGCACUCUGACCAUGGCUGUAUCCACCCAGACUCUUCCCCCUCACACUCAGACCUUGCCCCUGUGUUCCCACUUACCAGUCCUGAACUCACAGACCAUGUUUCUCCUUCCCCAGCCCCAACCCUACUGCACUCAGACCCUGCAUCCCGACACUCAGAUUCAUCUUACCCCCAUUCAUACCCUGCCUCGUCACAUACAGAUCCCACCCCCACACAGUCACCCCUCACAGACCAUGCCCCCAGUCCCCCUGUGGUGCCCCAGGUUCCAGUCCAGGAGGCAGCUGGUAUUUCCCUAACAGAGGCCAAAGUUCUUCCUCAGAAGGGGCUGCUGGAGCAGGGAGCAGGGCUGAGGGACACAGGGCUGGAAGAAGCCCUGGGGGCCUUGAGCUCUGCCCUGGAUGACUAUCGGGGCCAAUUUCCAGAGCUGCAAGGACUGGAGCAGGAGGUGACUCGGCUCGAGAGUCUACUUAUGCAGAGACAAGGCAUGUCCCGAAGCCGGGCAUCCAGCCUCAGCCUCACUGUGGAGCAUGCACUGGAGAGCUUUAGCUUCCUCAAUGAUGAUGAAGAUGAGGAUGACGGGCCUGAGGACAGGAUGUUGAGCAGCCCAGGGCCUGGGUCUGAGGCUGGGGUUAGUGGUGUGUCUGAGGAUGCCCUGGACUCCUCUACGCCUGGCCCCCUCAGCACUGGCUGCCCUGCCCUGGACACAGCCCUGGUCUUGCACCUACAGCACUGUGGCCACCUCUUGCUGAAACUAGGCACCUUUGGGCCCCUACGAUGCCAGGAAGCAUCAGCAUUGGAGCGGCUGCUUCGGGAGGCCCUGGUGCUGGAGGUGGUGUGCCAACUUUGUGGGGGGCAAGUGGGCAAGGCCACCUCUGCUCAGGAAGUGCUGCAGUUCUCUGUUCCCCGGCCGGGCUUCCUGCCUUUCUGGGACCUGUGCACUGAGGGAGGCAGCCUCUUGGUUUGUCCUGUGGAGCGCAUCCUCUUCACCUUCUGCAGCCAGUAUGGAGCCCGCCUCUCGCUGCGCCAGCCAGGCCUGGCCGAGACUGUGUGUGUUAAGCUCCUGGAGGACGCUAUGGGACAGAGGCUGCCCCGGAGGCCUCGGCCGGGGCCUGGGGAGCAGCUCACAAUCUUCCAGUUCUGGAGCCACAUCGAGGCCUUGAAUAGCCCCUCCAUGGAGGCUUAUGUCACAGAGACAGCCGAAGAGGUGUUGAUCGUGAAGAACCUGAAUUCAGACGACCAGGCCGUGGUGCUCCGGGCACUGAGACUGGCCCCUGAGGGGCGGCUCCACCGGGAUGGGCUCCGGGCCCUUAGCUCCCUUCUCAUCCACGGUAACAGCAAAGUGAUGGCUGCUGUCAGCACCCAGCUUCGAAGUUUAGCCCUGGGCUCGGACUUCCGGAAGAAGGCCCUGCUUUGUUUUUUGGAACAGCUAGAGGAUGAGGAUAUGCAGACACGGGUGGCAGGGUGCGUGGCUCUGGGCUGUCUCAAGGCUCCAGAGGGCAUUGAACCACUGGUGUAUCUGUGCCAAACAGACAAGGAGGCUGUGAGGGAAGCUGCCCGGCAGAGCCUCCUGCAGUGUGGGGAGGAUGGGCAGUCAGCUCACCGACGGCUGGAAGAGUCUCUGGAAGCUCUGCCCCGGAUCUUCGGGCCAGGAAGCAUGGCCAGCACCGCAUUCUGAGCUCCCUAUCUGCUCUCUGUCCCAGGAACACAGGGGACUCGGGAGUCACUGCCUAUUCCCUCAAGCCCCUCCCCCUACUACCACCUUUCAGGGCUGGCCCUGCCCUGGGAGCCCCCAACCUGAUGGGCCCAACUGACAUUGGCAGGGGUAGGCUGGGUGUCAGGACCCAGGCUCCAGGGUUCCCUCCCAUCCUACAGAUUCCUAUAAAUAUAAAUCUCUUUAAUAUAUUCUUCUGCUACCCCUAGCAGAGACCGCCACCUGCAGUCAAGUGCCUCCCCAGCCUCCAUCAGGCUUCCCUCACCACACGGUGUCUGGGAUCCCUUCUAAUCCCUGGUCACCCCGCCUCUCCCCUUCAUGUCUGAUUUUGUAUUUUAUUUAGAGUUUUGCAGAAAAUAAAAGGCAAAAUCUCUUUCCUA